AUGGAAAACGGAAAUUAUAUUGAUUCAAAAAAGAUAAGAGAAUUAAUAAACAUACACUUGGAUUCUAUGUCACAAGAGGGCAUGCGGUUCCCGACAAAUGUUCCCUUAGAACAUUUGUUGGUGCCCAGGAAUAGGAACAAAGCGAAAAUCUCCCGUUCUCAAAAUAGUUUCAUCCUAUAUCGUAAAGAUCUUAAAGUAGAGAUACAACGACAAAAUCCAAACGCUAGUUUAGGGGACAUAUCCAAGAUAAUAUCAGAGAAAUGGAAAAAUGAGUCAACGGAGAAAAGGAAUUUUUUUACGGUUCUCUCUAGAAUUAGCUUUUUAAUUCAUGAUGAACUCUCCGGCGUUAAAGGUAAUACUAAUCAACUAAAUAACGAAGAUGCGUCAUCUUCUGAAAAGGAAAAGGAACCCUGGAGGCAUUCCGCUUCAACACCUCAAAUGGUACUGUGGCCGACAGAAUUACAAGAAAUUUCAUCAUUACAUACCCAAGAUUCCUUUUACCUACAACCGACAGGAAUCGAACAUCACUCACCCAAUGAACAAUUUAAUUGUCAGAGCAAAGUUGUAAAUUUUUUUUUCCAAGUUUUGGCAGGAUUUUUAAUAAUUGAUUUAAUCGUUAGAAUGUAG